GGCAAAGGGCACGGUGAGGUCGUAGCGGAGGGAGGUGAGCUCGCCGCCCUGGUCGGCCAGGUCGUAGAUGAGCUUGGAGUCCUCGCCAUACUUGCCGGAGAGGAUCUCCUUGAGCUCGAAGACGGGGGUGUCGAUGGUCACGCCGCCGUGGCGCUUGAAGACGUCCGUGAUGGUGCUGAAGAUCUUGUCGCGGAUGACCAUGUCCUUGCCCUCCCCUGUGUGGUGUCAGCCGGGUACGAGAGAAGCAAGCCAAAAAAAAAAAAUCUUGCUGUGCUUGCAGAGGAUAGGAUGCGUCACGGACAGUCCUUGGUGCCCUUUGGGGUCUUGAGCUCGAACUUGGGGGCCUUGGGCGCCAUGUCGAAUGCGCUCUGUGCAGCGUCGUCGUGGGCGAUGCGAUGAUGGAGCGUCGUCGUGGAGAGGGGAUGUCGACGUUGUCGUGGCAGGCUCGUCAAGGUGGUGGUUGUGGUGGCUGUUGUGCGUGGUCGCGAUCGCGGGGCAGAAAGAAAUGGAGGAGGACUCUGUGCAGUGGCAGCGGCAGAUCUGCACAGGACUCUGCCCACAGGCGGCUUCAUCCAGGCUCAAGGUUGGAGGGGUAAAAUCGGGGUUCGAGGUCGACUGCUGCUGCUGCAUGCAUCGGCGCCGCCUAUGCUACAGGCAAUGUGCUCCAGUCCAGUCCGAGCCAGCAAAGCUUGGGCAGUUAAUUAGUUGGGAGUUGGGACUCAUCAGGAGCAGCGUGGCUCCAGUCCCACGACCACUAAACGCUGCGCUGUCCAUCCGAAAGGGAAAAAGAUUUCUGCGGGUCCGUCGCCGCAGGGGGUGCCUCAGGCGCUCUGUCUUUGCUGCAUCUGUGAAGUUGAUUGUGACGAUCAUCGAGCGCAAACAGCGACAACACAGAAGAGCUGGGUCUGACCAAUAUCUACCGGUGACUCAUGAAAUAUGCUUCUUGGAAGAUACUUUUGUUGUUACACACGGGGCGAUGCGGCCUAUUAAUUGUCAAAUGGAUGAAUCAGGGUUCUCCAUAUACUGAAGGCUUCAAUUUAACUGACGUAGGUACUGCAUAUACAUGGUGGACGAGCUAGAGGCUCACCGAGAAAGGGGUAAGCGAGAAGGACAAUCGACAGCAAGUAAAGUCAACAUCUCUCCCCUCGUACGGUAAGGAUAAGGUAGCAGGCUAUUGGCAAUUGAGCAGCCCUUUGCCAACGCUUGUCGCGUUGAAGAGACCAUCAUUUGAUCGACAAUCCAGCAUUCAGAGUCUACCGUCGUGCCCGGGGCGGGGCGUCGGGCUGUAGCCGGAACCCGUCAGCGUUGCG